AGGGAGCUUCUUUCACUCUGGGACUCCCUGCUGGACCAGAGCCGGACUGCUUCUCUCACCAGCAAGAUUUAAGCGUCUCCACACCAUGGGCAAUCCUCAGGUCUUCUUCGAUAUCACUGCCAAUGGCAAACCGCUGGGCAGGAUUGUCAUGGAGUUGCGUGCUGAUGUAGUUCCAAAGACUGCAGAGAACUUCCGUGCAUUGUGUACGGGCGAGAAGGGCUUUGGCUACAAAGGGUCCACUUUCCAUCGUGUCAUUCCAAAUUUCAUGUGUCAAGGUGGCGACUUCACUGCUGGCAAUGGAACUGGUGGGAAGUCUAUCUAUGGCUCAAAAUUCGCAGAUGAAAACUUCCAACUUCCUCAUGAUGGCCCUGGUAUUCUGUCCAUGGCCAAUGCUGGCCCUAACACAAAUGGCUCUCAGUUCUUCCUGUGCACAGUGAGAACAAAUUGGCUUGAUGGCAAACAUGUUGUCUUUGGGAAAGUCACUGAAGGCAUGGAUGUUGUUCGUCAGAUUGAAGGCUACGGGAAACCCAGUGGCGAGACAUCUGCAAAAAUUGUUGUUGCAAAUUGUGGCCAACUGUAAUUCCAACAUUCCACUAUUUUUGCCCAACCUAGAUCUGUUCUACGUAGCUAGUAACGUGGGGCCAAGAUGCGAUACGUGAAACUACAGUAGCUGUUGAUUAAAACUUGUGGUAUAAAUACUUAAAUGUCUGUGGAACUUCUGUCAUCUAGAAGUUUUUUUUUUUUCUUUACAUGAAUUUUUCAUUGUAUUUGAAUGUAGACGCCAGGCUGAUAUUCAGUGUGUCGUCUUCUCAUAAAUAAAAAUUGGAAGCAUUGCAA